AUGUGCAGUGAUUGGUUCUUCCUAAAGAUGUGCAGUGAUUGGUUCUUCCUAAAGAUGUGCAGUGAUUGGUUCUUCCUAAAGAUGUGCAGUGAUUGGUUCUUCCUAAAGAUGUGCAGUGAAUGGUUCUUCCUAAAGAUGUGCAGUGAUUGGUUCUUCCUAAAGAUGUGCAGUGAUUGGUUCUUCCUAAAGAUGUGCAGUGAUUGGUUCUUCCUAAAGAUGUGCAUUGAUUGGUUCUUCCUAAAGAUGUGCAGUGAUUGGUUCUUCCUAAAGAUGUGCAGUGAUUGGUUCUUCCUAAAGAUGUGCAGUGAUUGGUUCUUCCUAAAGAUGUGCAGUGAUUGGUUCUUCCUAAAGAUGUGCAGUGAUUGGUUCUUCCUAAAGAUGUGCAGUGAUUGGUUCUUCCUAAAGAUGUGCAGUGAUUGGUUCUUCCUAAAGAUGUGCAGUGAUUGGUUCUUCCUAAAGAUGUGCUCUCUCUAG